AUGACAAGAGCCACCCCUCCACCACGCUUCUGUCUCCUCACCUACCCCCGAACAGGCUCCAAUCUCCUCGUCAAAAUCCUCAACCUCGACAACCAGCCCGCCCUCACCCCUUGCAAGGAUGGCGGGUACUUCUUCGCACGGCUCAAUCUCCUCCGCUACGACAUGGGCUGCGCCGGCGCCCACAUCAAGGACCUUAGCGAAGACCAGCGCGCGAAGGAAACGGCCUGCAUCCAGGAGUGUCUCCAAGCGCUGACCCAGUACGUCCAUGAAGCGGAGCAGCAAAACAAGGGGGUAUUCUUCAAAGAGCAUACGCACAUGAUCAGCCAUCCGGUUGCAAAGACCAAGUUUGUGUUCGGGGCGGAUAGCAUCGACAACGAGGCGGUACUAGCAUCGCAAGAUCAAUCGCCGUACAACCAGACCCUCCUCCCAGACGCGUUUCUCGGGACAUUGAGGCCGACCUUCUUGAUCCGCCACCCGGCUCUGGCCUUCCCGUCGUACUACCGUGCUGCGCGCAAGGCUGACGGGGACCUGUAUCUCCGUUCGGAGCAGGGGAGGCGAGUGUGUCGCAAUAUUAUGACGCUGCGUUGGAGUCGCGAGCUCUAUAAUUUCUACGUGCAGCACUUCCAUGGGACAGAGACCCCCUCCUCCGCUCAGGAAGAGAUUGCCUGGCCUCUCGUCUUGGAUGCAGAUGAUAUUAUGACUAACCCGGCGGUGGUGAUCCGGUUCUGCGAAACUCUGGGAUUAGAUCCUGCGCAACUGCGGUUCCAAUGGGACAAGGACGAGCAGCAGAGACGUCCCGGUAUCAUGGCUUUCCGGUCGACGAUCGACGGGUCUACUGGGAUUGACGUCUCCAAGGCCUCUGGGGAGACCAUCGAUCUUGACGAAAGUGCGAGGCAGUGGAGAGAGGAGUUUGGGGAGGAUGCUGGCCAGAUGAUCGAGAUGUAUGUGCGGGAGACGAUGGCUGACUAUGAGUUCUUGAAGGAGAGAAGGUUGAGAGCUUGA